AUGUACGAUGAACUACCCACAUAUUCAUAUACAACAACAUCAUUCGGUAAAUCUUGUCAAAGGUUUCCAACGCAACAAAUUACUACACCCAUUGCAGUAUUUUAUGGAGGCUGUGACAGUUUAUUGGAUAUAACUAUGUUGUUAGAACAAAUUCCUAAGCCUGUACUUGUUAGAGAAAUUCCGGAAUACGAGCAUUUGGGUAAGCAAAAUUAUAUAUUUGACUAUGAAGAUUAUGAAAAUCAAACCAAUGAUAUAACUUACCAACAACAAAAAGAGGUUAUUCAGCGUGAUACGAUGGUUGGAGAACGUUAUGAUAAUGAAUCAUCAGAAGAACUUGAUAGUAAAAGCUAUAAUAGUAAUGAAAUUGAACAAGAAAGUCCUGAUGAAUCAGAUCAUACACGUGAAAUUAUUUAUCGAGAGGACUACGACGAUGAUGAUGAUAAUGAGUAUACUAAGAUUUAA